AAAAGAGUUUGCAAUGGCAAUGCUCUGGAAAUUCAUGAGAGUAGCUAAGUAUUCUAAAACAGCUUUGUCACCAAAAGUAAGGGUAAGAGGAAUUCCCACCCACUCGAGGCAUUCUUCAUCCAAGUCUGUACCUUCAGAUUUUGCUGCCAACGCACCCUGCUCAAAUACUGUGGAACUGCUUGGUAAAACGUAUCCUCAGGAUGACUACAGCAAUGUCACAGAGAAGAUUCUUUCCAAGGUGGGGAAGAACUUGCACAACCAAAAGCACCAUCCUUUGUGGCUAAUCAAGGAGCAGGUGAAGGAGCACUUUUACAAACAAUAUACAGGACGUCGUGGGACUCCGCUCUUUUCUGUCUAUGACGGUCUUUCUCCAGUGGUUACAGUACAGCAGAAUUUUGAUAGUUUGCUUAUCCCACAAAACCACGCCAGCAGAAGGAAAGAGGAUAACUAUUACUUGAACCGUGAACACAUGCUAAGAGCACAUACAUCAGCUCAUCAGUGGGACUUGAUACACUCCGGCCUAGAUGCCUUUCUGGCAGUGGGAGAUGUCUACCGCCGUGAUACGAUCGAUAACACCCACUACCCAGUCUUCCAUCAGAUGGAGGGGGUUCGGCUCUUCUCCUGUCAUGAGCUGUUCUCCGGCAUUAAAGAUGGUGACGGCUUACAGUUGUUUGAGCAAGGCCAUCGCACUGCAGACAAGCAGGAGUGCCACACCAUGGAGGCGGUGAGGCUGGUGGAAUUCAACCUGAAGCAAGUGCUCACAAAGCUCAUGACUCACAUCUUCGGUGAAGGACUGCAAGUCAGAUGGGUAGACUGCUACUUCCCGUUUACUCACCCUUCCUUUGAGAUGGAGAUCAACUUCCAGGGAGAAUGGAUGGAGGUCCUGGGCUGCGGGGUCAUGGAGCAACAGCUAGUUAACUCAGCUGGUGCUCAGGAUAAAAUCGGCUGGGCAUUUGGCUUGGGUUUGGAGAGGCUGGCCAUGAUCCUGUACGAUAUCCCUGACAUCCGGCUGUUCUGGAGUGAAGAUGAACGCUUCUUGAAACAGUUUAUUGUGCCUCACAUUUGGCAAAAAAUAAAGUUCCAGCCACUCAGCAGGUAUCCACCUUUGAUCAAUGACAUCUCUUUUUGGCUGCCUUCCGAGACAUACUCCGAGAAUGAUUUCUACGAUUUGGUUCGAACCGUUGGUGGAGACCUGAUAGAAAAAGUUGUCCUAGUGGAUGAAUUUACCCAUCCAAAGACAAAGAAGCUCAGUCAUUGCUACCGCAUCGUGUACCGCCACCCGGAGAGGACUUUGAUGCAGGACGAGGUGCAUCGCGUCCAUCAGGCUAUUGAAGAAUCAGCAGUCCGAGAACUUGGGGUUGAGGGCAGAUUCUGA